AUUAAAUAACUAAUAUUUUUUAUUCUCUAAAAAAAUGGCCGAAACACAACAAUUCUUAAAAAAAACGGAAAUGUUAAAUUACCUUAACUAACUUAAAAUCGAAUAUAAAUACUACGAACACCCACCUGUCUUUACUGUAGAAGAAAUGCUAAACAAUAUGAAAUUAGAAAAAGCACCUUUGAUAAAAAAUCUAUUUUACGUGGAUAAAAAACAUAAUUAUUAUCUUAUAGCAGCCAAAUCAGAUACUAAAGUAGAAAAAAAUUUUUGGAAAAAUAUUAAUUUAGCACCUGGAAACAUUCGCUUUUGUCCUGAGGAAUAAACUUUAAACGUAAUAAAAUGUUAAAAAGGACAUUUAAAUGCAUUUUCUUUAGUUAAUGAUAAUGAAAAAAAAGUUAAAUUAAUAAUAGAUAAAAAUUUAGAAAGUCAUGAAUAUUGGUCAUUCCAUCCUAUGGAAAACGAUGCAACGGUAGAACUUAAAUAAUCCGAAUUUAAAAAAUACUUAUCAUUAAUUGGACAUGAUUUCGUUCUCGCAAAACUUGAUGAAGUAGAAGAAGCGGAUAAAAAAGCAUAAAUAUAAUAAUAAUAAAAAGAAUAAGAAAACUCACAUGAGACUAAAUUGAAACUUACAGUAAAAAAAGAAGAAGAUCUAUCUGAAUGGUAUAAAUAAAUAAUUACUAAAUCUGAAUUAAUAGAAUAUUAUGAUGUUUCUGGUUGUUAUAUUUUACGUCCAAAUGCAUAUACUAUAUGGGAAAACAUAUAAAAAUUCUUCGAUAAUUUAAUUAAAUAAAAUGAUGUUUAAAAUGCUUAUUUUCCUAUGUUUGUAACUGAAAAAGCAUUAAAUAAAGAAAAAGAACAUGUUGAAGGAUUUUCUCCAGAAGUCGCUUGGGUUACUCGUAGUGGUUCAACUGAUUUACCCGAGCCAAUAGCAGUAAGACCUACAUCAGAAACUAUUAUGUAUCCUGCAUAUUCCAAAUGGAUUAAAUCUCAUCGUGAUUUGCCUUUGAAAUUAAAUUAAUGGACAAAUGUAGUUAGAUGGGAAUUUAAAGACCCUACUCCUUUUAUCAGAACUAGAGAAUUCUUAUGGUAAGAAGGACAUACUGCACAUGCAACAAAAGAAGAAGCAGACGAAUAAACAUAUACUAUAUUAGAUUUCUAUAGAAGAGUAUAUGAGGAAGUACUCGCAGUUCCAGUAAUUAAAGGAGUUAAAUCUGAAGGAGAGAAAUUCCCAGGAGCACUCUAUACAACUACUAUUGAAACAUGUAUUCCUACAAAUGGAAGGGCUGUUUAAGCUGCUACUUCUCAUUAAUUAGGCUAAAAUUUUUCAAAAAUGUUCAAUAUUUCUUUCCUUAAUUCUAAAAAAGAAAACACAUUUGUUUGGUAAACAUCAUGGGGUUUAACUACUCGUUCAAUAGGUGUUAUGGUUUUAUACCAUGGAGAUAAUUAGGGUUUAGUUUUGCCACCUGCAGUUGCCAGUGUUUAGGUAGUUAUUAUUCCAAUUAUAAAGACAGGAAUCGAUAGCGAACAAUUAUUAUAGAAUGCUCAUCAAUUAAAAAAUAAAUUAAAAGCUGCAGGAAUUAGGGUUUUUGUAGAUGAUAGAGAUCACUAGACUUCUGGUUGGAAAUAUAAUCAUUGGGAAAUGAAAGGUGUUCCUCUUAGAUUUGAAUUAGGACCAGCAGAUUUGGAUAAAAAUGAAGUUAGAGCUGUUUGGAGAGUUAAUGGAUUUAAAGAAUAGAUUAGUUAGGAUGUUGUGGUUGAGGCUACACUUGAAAGAUUUGAAAAAAUAUAUAAUAUUAUGUUCGAAAAUUCUAAAAAAAAAUUUGCAGAAAAAUAAAAAAAAGCAAAUAAUUGGUAAGAGUUUAUGACUUCAUUAAAUACUAGAAAUAUUGUAAAUACACCAUGGUGUAAUACAUAAUAAUGUGAAAAAAAUGUAAAAGAUAGAUCAGGUUUAGAAUCUAAACUAGCUGAAAAUGAAUCUGGAUUGUCUGGAUCUGCAAAAUCUCUUUGUAUUCCUUUAGAAUAAGAAAAAUUAGAAGAAAAUGCAGUUUGCUUUGCUUGUGGAGGUAAAGCUUAAGUUAGAGUUUUUUGGGGAAGAUCUUAUUGA